CAGUCUUUCGUGCACGAAAAUUCGAACCCUUCUUGCGAUCCAGCGUGGGAGAGAGUCAACCUGCUGCCCCUUAACUUUCAAUCUCCUCACUGCUCUAGUCAAUUUCCCGGCACUCUACUUUCGCUUUUGAAAGUUCGAAAGUCUUUCGACUGCUACAUUGGCAAUAUCUAAUUCUCUUUGAAGUAGGAGACCCCGUUUGUCUUCCUCGUGUUCUCAUCGUACCGUUGUGUCCGACGCAGACUGCGAUCUUCCGAGGAGCGAUCGCUUGGAUUCAAAGCGCGUUCCACAAAUCAUGACCUCCACCACUGGUAAUGUCGCUGUUGAUCCCGCUACUGCGGAAGGCCUCGGCAUCCCGCUGACGGACAUCACGGACCCGGACGACUCGGACGUGCUCUGCGGUCGCGGAGGUGCCGCGCUGCGACAUCCGGGAAAUCAAACGUACCGGCGUUUGGUCAAUCUCAACAAGGGCCUUUACAUUACCUGCCUCAAAACGGAAAAAUUGAAAAUUUCCCGUUCAAUUGUCGCGGCGAUUCGCGAGCAGAAGGGUCGAUUCUUGGAAAAAGACUCGAAAACGGGAAAUUGGUACGAUAUUGGGGACAAGAAAGCUGUGGAAAAGACUUCACAAGCACUCCGCGAAGGACAGCCCAAGCUGCGCCAGAAGAUUGUGGAAAUGGGGGGUGGUGUAGCGGGUACCGCAGCCUUUAUGGAGUCGCAAUUGGGGGAUUCGAGCAGCGCAUUUUCCCACACAAAUAGGAACGAUAUACCCCCACCUCCACCUUCGAUGUUGGGGACUCCGGAUAUGUCGCAUUCUCCUCAUCUAGGCCACAACGGAAAUGCUUUGAAUUCGGUCGGCAUAUCGGCACAUGCCGGAAUGCCUGGACUCUUGCCGCAUAAUCCUCACGACGCGGCUACCGCUGCAGCGUUGCGGCGCCAACAUCUGGAUCUCCGUCAACAGCAACAAGACUUGGAGCAGCAGUUGCAUGCGGCUUCGAUGGGAAACGCGAUGAACUUCAAUCAACAACAGCAGCAACAACAGCAAUCGCGUUCCAAAGACCUUCACCAGGAUAUGUUGCAGCGCCUUAGUUUGCGGGACGUCUCGUCCGACCCCAACGCCUACGAUAUGCAGGAGCAAACCAAUCGUCUUCGGCCAUCCCUGACACAGCGGGGGCCGCAGAUAGCACAAGAAUUGGGGAUUCGAGAUUCCCAACUCUCCCUUUUAUCAGAUUUCUCGGCGUAUGGAUCCGGUCAACAACUUUUGGUUAACAUGUCGCUCGGGAGUAUGGACCCUGGAUCCUUUCGGUACCAACAGCAUCCACAGCAAAUGCAGCAGUCACUGCAAAGUAUGGAUUCUGGCUCGUUUCGUCAGCAGCUGCAGUCUCUACAGAGUAUUGAUUCCGGUUCCUUUCGACAGCAAAUGCCGCGCCAACAGCAACACCACCAGCAACAGCAGCAACAACAACAGAUGCAGCAGCAACAUUUUCAACAACAGUAUCAGCAGCAACAGCAUCAGGGAUUUUCUGCACUGGACCAUGGUCAAAGCGACGAGUGCCAUCCCCGACCUAUCCAACAGUCGUUGAACGAUAGAGGAACUAGCUCCACCACCGCGCGCGAAGACUACUCCUCAAGUAAUGAUGGCAACAGAAAGACAAAUGAUGGAGUUUCGAAUCCAUCUGUGAACAGCGUGGUAACGGCGUCUUCGAACAGUGAUCCACAUUGUAACGGCAACACAAAUUCAGGCUCCAGCACUAACAGUAGCAAGCUUGCGGGCCUAGAUCGUCGUCGUGUGUUCGCCAAGAUGAAGUACACUCGACCGCCAUCUGAGAUGAAAAUGAAACCGGAAGAUUCGGCUCGUUCGAUGCAAGACGGCAUGUCAGACUUCCACAUGGUCGAGUCCACCAUGAGCUUUCUCUCCAACAUGUCCCAACUGUCAGCGGCGGACAAAGGUGGUAAUGGAGAGAAGACGGCGUCGGCGGGCGCGGACGGUGCUUCGUCCGCAGAGAUACUGGUGUCUGCCGUCCCGACACCUGUCUUUCCAGCUGGUGUAGAAACAGCAAAGGUGAUUGAUCACAGCAGUGACAAUCAUGAACGCAUGAGUACAUACUCGGAAGCAGCGUCGGGGAGUCGUCGCUCGAUCAUGUCUGGUCUAUCACGGAUUAGUGACGCGGAUAUAUCCAUAUUCUCGGACCUUUCCCGAAAGAUCGGCAACGUCUCAACACGAUCCAUCGCCAUGAGCGAUAUUUCGGCCAUCGAUAUGCAAGAGCAAGACAACGAAGACGAAAGCACAACUUCGAACUUUGAAGGCGCUUCCAUUGACCCUAUUGAUCCUAUACGGUCGCCACAACGGCUUUCCGGCGGGAAUUACUCGGAACCGUAUGACUUUACAAUUUGAUAGCAUUGUUUUUAAUUGUUAACUGCACCAAAGUUAUGGCU